AUGAUAAGUAAAUUCAAUAAAUCAAAUUUUUUGCUGUAGAAAAAAGAAGAGAAGUAUUCUAGGGAGUUGGAAAGGAAAAAAAUUGAGAUGGCAUCCAAAAUUUUUAUAUUUUAUAAAAAUACAAAAAUUUGUAAUGAUCUCAAAAAAUCGAUGAUUUAAUAGUACCUUCCAAAAAUCUAAACUGCUUUAUCUGUUCAAUUUAUGAAAGAUCUGCAAACAUUUUAUAAAGUCUGCAACAUAACACUAAAUAAAUGUCCAGAAUUUUUAAAACCCUUUUUUCUUUUAAAUAAAAAGAAUGUCUAAAACAAUGAGACUUAUGUUUUAAAUAUGCUUCAACUGUUUAGUGGAUGCUUGUAGAUUUAGUAGAAUAAUUUUGUUUUUAACUUAUUCAAGGGAAAUCAAUUUUUAAUGAAUCGGCUGCAUUUUUCCAAAGCCCUUUAUCUCGGGUUUUAUUUAAUUCAGACAUCAAAAUAAGCUGAUAAUUUUAUUAAAUCUAUCAAUGAAAUAUUAAUUUCGAUCCAUCAAUUACUAAGCGCCUGUUAAUUAGAUUUGUUUUAUGCCUAUUUCUAUAGACUAGAUACCUAAAUCUUGCAAAAUAAUCUGCCUUAAUUAAUAGUUUAGAAAGGAUUUGAAAUAUUUCUAUUUUACUAUCUAAAUUUAAAUAGAAAUCAAUAAGCAAGUUGGGAUUUGGGAUUUAAUUACGUAAUGAUGAUAGAAUAGAACAGUUCAUUUGAUUUUAGCGACUUGAUGAAUCAUAUAAAAAAGUCUUAGCAAUAUAAUUAGCUUAUUUCUAUGAUAUUAACUUCAGAAUUAGAAUUACAAUAAAUAAGAAAGUUAUUUAAUAAGUUACAAAUAUUAACAAUUCCAAAUAGUGAAUUGUUAUUUGAAAUCCUAACUCAACUAUUGUAGGUAUUGGAGUAGAAUUUUUAUAGAAUGAACAUGCCUCAAGAUUAUAAGAAUUUAUAAUAUCAAAAUAAUUCAGAACACAAGAAAUUAAAAAUAUUAAGAAAGAAAAAAGAAUUUAUCUAAUUUACAGAUUAAAUCAAUUUUUCAAAACUUUUAAGUCUAUUAGAAAAACCAUAAUUCAGCGACCUCAGUUCAACAAGUAAGUUCAUUUAUUACUUGGUUAAUAUUGGAUAAAAUAGAAAAUUGGAAAUUAUUUAAUAGAUGUAGAAAUUAAGAUACAUAGAUAAUGAUUUUACUAAAUACUUGCUUAAUUUAUCAAAAUUAAAAGAGUUCGAAAGUAUUCCUGUUGAAUCUAUAUCUGUGUAUUGUUAUUUUAAGGCUAACGAAUUCUAAUUAUUGGAUGAUAAGGAGUUUAGAAAUAUUGCUCUGAAGAAUGAAGCAGUAAAGCAAGAGUUGAAUGAAAUUUUUGGAUUUAUAAUAGAAUAUGCAAAGUUUUGUAUUUCUUAUAAUGUAAACCAACACAUCUAUAAGGAACUGAAACUAUUUAUACGAGAAAUAUUUGAUCGUAAUUAGAUUUUAAAUUUUUAUUAAUGGAAAUACGAAAAUAUGAAGAUAAACAAUCACAUCCCCUUUUUUUCAUUAUUUUCACAAAGAAUUCAGAAGUUCAAUUAAUAUUUGGAAGAGGAUAAGAAAUAAUUCAAUAGAAACAUUCUGGCUAUGCUUACUUAUGAUGAAUUUGGAGAGCCAAUUAUGAAACAAAGCAUGAUGGUUGUGAUUAGGAGAGGAGAAGAAUUUUAAGAUGCAUUUGAUUAAUUGGAGAAAAAAUAAUUAAAGAAUAUGUUUCAUGUAAAGUUUGUGAAUUAGAUGGGUAUACCAGAAGAUGGAAUAGAUGCUGGGGGAGUGACAAAAGAGUUUAUAACAAGAGUAGUUAAUUAAGCAUUGGAUCCAACAUUUGGUUUAUUCAUCGAGACUCCAGAGAAGACUAUGAUUCCUAAUCCUGCAUUUAUGUAGGAGGAGAAAUAAAAAUACGCCUUCAUUGGUAAAAUAAUAGGGAAGGCUAUUUAUGAAGGAGUGCUUAUAGAGAAGGUCCUAAAUCAAGUGUUUCUUAAUUAGGUUUUAGGAAUAACGAAUACAAUUAAUGAUUUUCGAUUUUAUGAUUCAGAUCAAUAUCAUAGAAUUUGCAAUCUCAAGAAUCAAGAUGUAACUGAUUUUGGAUUGACUUUUUCAAUUACUCAGGAGUUUUAUGGGUAGAUUGUAGAAUUUGAUCUGAUUCCUAAUGGGAGAUAGAUUAAUGUGACAAACGAGAAUAAAAUAUCGUACAUCAAUUUGUACUGCCAUUUUAGGUUGAAUAAAUAGAUAAAAGAACAGAGCCAAAUCUUUAGGGCAGGACUGGAACAAGUAAUUGAUCCUGAGAAGUUCAAACUGUUUACUAAUCAGGAAUUAUAAUUGUUAAUAUCAGGAUAGCCAGUCAUUGAUAUAUAAGAUUUGAUUUCGAAUACCAAGUACCAGGGAUACCAACCUUAUGACAAGACAAUUGAGGACUUUUGGAGCGUUGUGAAUGACUUCGAAUAUGAACAGUAGAGUUAGUUUUUGUUCUUCUUCUCUUCGUGCUCCAGAGCUCCCACUUAGGGAUUUAAAAGUCUGGAUCCUCCGUUUAUGAUUCAGAAAGUGCCCAUUCAUCAUCAGAGUGAAAUGUAGAAAUUGCCAACUGCUUCUACUUGCUUUAAUAUCCUAAAAUUGCCUGACUAUAGAAAUAGAGAUAUUCUCAGGGAAAAAUUAGUUAAAGCCAUUAGUUCAAACACAGGAUUUGAGUUAACAUGA